AUGUCGAGCCGCAAGUCUCCACGCUCUACGCUGCAAGACGCGCAAGGCGCACCCAUGGCCGGGUUUGGCGCCGUCUUUGUCGCAUUCUGUCUUGUCUUCUCCAUCUUCCCACUCUCCAACCUCUUCCCCGGUUACGUCACCUCCCUGCCCGCUGGCAUCAAGGACAGCCAGCCCUCGCUCAGCCCGCGCAAGCAGGACGAUUUGCAUCUGUCGCAACCUACAUGCAAAGCCGAGUUCUCGCGGCUGUAUCCACAACUCACAGUGAACGAGCUCGUGUGGAAGGCCAAGGGCGGGAUCCGGUAUGAGGAUGUGCAGAAUGCGGCGCAGCACUGUCGACACGGGUGUGUGCAUCUGGUGAUCAAGCAUGGCCAGAUCUUUAUUAAGGCGCAGGAAAAGGACUGGCAGAGUAGGGUGCGCUCGAGUCUGCAGCUGCUUAGCAGUGCGUAUCUUGGUGCGAGCGAGGACGAAAAGGCGUUGAUGGAGGGUGUGGAGCUAGUCAUCUCGACGGCCGACUUUGAUGGAUUCACAGAUGCCGCUAGUAGGGGCGCCGGCUGGGUGCUGGACAAACGCGUCAACGACACCGAAGGGCAGUAUCUGUUCCCGGAUUUCUCGUUUGCCAGCUGGCCCGAAGCAGGCAUUCCGUCCUACCAAGAGUUCCGGCGUCAGGCGGCACAGGUCAAUGAUGCCGUCCCCUGGGCGUCCAAGUCCAACCUGGCCUUCUGGCGCGGCGACGCGCUCGCGGGGAGCAAUAUCAAGCCACGUGAAUCGCUGCUCUCCGUCGCCACUGGUUCAGGCACCUCAUCGUGGUCUGACGUCAAACGCACGAGUUUCUGGGAAUCCGGCCCGGAGUUCGGAUCGAUCGUCUCGCCGCCGGACCACUGCAGACACAAGUUCCUCAUCCAUUCCGAGGGAGUCGCCUACUCGGGGCGAUCCAAAUUUGUCCUCUCCUGCACAUCCACCGUCAUCCUCCACCCGCUCCAGUGGGAACAACACUUCCACCCAGCCCUCAUCUCGGACCCGCUCUCGCCCGAUCGCAACCACAUCCUCCUCACCGGAACGUACUUCGAGAAUCUGCCCACCACCAUGCAAUCGCUCAUCGCGGAGGAGGCAGGCCUGCACUACGGCGAGACCACAGGCGAGAGGGUGGCCAAGAAUGCCAAGAGGACGUUAACGGAUCGGUACCUGACGCCCGCGGCGACGGCGUGCUAUAUCAGGGCGGCACUGAUCAGCUACAGUGCGGCGAUGGUCAGGACGAGCUGGCCAAACGGAAAGGGUCCAGUGGUGAGCGAGGGUUCGGGCGUCAAGCCGGGCGCGGGCACGAAUAAGGGCACGUUGAAGGAGCUGGGCGUCGUGGGGGAUGUCGAGUUGGGCGUGUGGCACAAUUUGGGUCAGCCCGAGUGGCCGCCCAAGUGA